AUGUAUGGAAAACUGAGGGGUGACUUUGAUAGAGUACCAUGGAGGAAACUGGUGCACAACAGUGUUGGAGUGCCAAAAUGGAACUUUAUAGUCUUCCUAGCUGCACAUAGAAGAUUGAUGACUAAAGACAGGCUGAGGGGUUUGGACUGUGUGGAGGAUGUAACAUGUUCUCUAUGUAACAGUGAAGAGGAGACAGUGGAUCAUUUGUUCUUUAAAUGUACCUAUUCGUCGAGAGUAUGGAAAGCAAUGCUACAAUGGCAAGGGAUCCAGAGACAACCAAUGAUGUGGGCAGAUGAACUUGAGUGGGCAGGGAAGUACUAUAAAGGGAGGAGUAUAACAGCUGAGUUGUAUAAACUUGUACUGGCAGGCACACUGUAUUACAUAUGGCAAGAGAGGAAUGGCAGGAUCUUCAAAGGAGUGCAACGACCAGAAGUUACUAUAAGCAGAGCAAUAACGCAGGAUGUGCACGGGCGAGGAGAAAGUAAACACGGGUUACAAAGAAGGCUACGGGAACUCAACUACUAUCCUAGUAUGUAA